AUGCUGGGCUGGAAAAUAAUGGUUUUGACAGCUGUAGCUUUUGUCUUUAUUUCGAUGCAUGUGCUUGACAGUCGUUUGAAGUGUAACAUGCCCUCCGUCAUCAGUUCUCUGGUAAGUUUGAUACUUUACCAGUUUCUUCUUGAACUUGGGGGAUUUCUGUUCAACACCAUACAAUUAAAAUGCAUGCACCAAUCUCAUACUAUUUCAUACAGACAAUUUAUCUCAACAGAGUUGAAAAUGUAUCCGUAAGAAACGUAUGGGGCUGUACGUUCGGAAGUCUUACCACAGCACGGAUACUUAUUUGCCAGACAUGUAUGAAGCAUUGUUAAAAAUGAAAAGAAUAUUCGUUUUGCUUUACUAGAGAAGUGCCUUAAGAGGACGAAAAAGAGCCUUUGUUUCAUGUAUUUCACCCUGCCCCUUCUUCUAGAUACUAAGUAGUCACUGCGAUACUUCAACGAACUGCUAACAUAUGUCUGGCCUUCUAUGCAGCCCUUUGUGCCAUCACUCAAUGAUCCUCCCCACAAAUGGCUGCUUGAAGGGAGAAGCAUUGCAUGACUGCAUAAAAAGCAGCUGUGUAGGGGAGUAGAAUAUAUCCAGUUUGUCUCCAUUUCUAUCAGACAGAACAAAAAUUUGGUCGGCCGAGUCAAGAAGAUAUUAUGCCUAUUUUUGGUAGCAUGGGACUUGAUGCAGAGAAACUGAUUGUUACCAUAAACACCUGAUUGAACAAAUGCUUUCGCUUGAAAAGUAUAAACCAUGAAAGAUGGGACCUAAUAGAUUUAUGGGUAGAAUUUUAUUAACUUUGCAAAUUUAAAGUUCUUUCCAGAAAAGUUUUACAUUAUUGAAGCUUUUUGCAAUGGUAUGCUCACAUUUUCACCUGUGCAGGGUAUAUCAGAGGUCUCUAUAGUUAAAGAGCGUAGCCAUAUCGCUAAUGCACACUUAAAAAUCGUAAGAUAGGAGCCAAAAACAUUUUUGGAAGACAUAAAAAGACCACGGCAUGCCUUAAACAAAGUAAUCUGGGGAUUUGCAUCUGUAUGAGCAGCUCGUGGCAAUGUAAACUUUUGUUGAAAGAACUUUGAAUUUGCCUUGCUAAUGAAUGUAUACCCAUGCCAUAAAUCCUUGAAGUCUCAGCAUUCAUGGUUUAUACUUUUUUAAGUGACAAUGGUUUUUUCAAUCAGGUAUGCAUUAACUGCAGCAGUGUUAGAUCACAUGCAUGCAAGAUCUCAGAGUGAUAGUUCUUGAUUUUUAAUUUGUCUGGACAUGGUGUCUGAACAAAUCAGUCAUUCCGCAAUAAAUAAAUCAGUUUAAUCAUAAGUUGUACAUAUCUCAUGUAACUAGCUGAUUAUUUAGCAAUUAUUGUUAUGGAAUAAGGCUGGAUAACAGCUUCUGAGAUGUUAUAAUCAACGCAUUAAUCAGGAUUCUACUCAAACACUCAGUUUAGCUGUAGAACGUUUGUUCUCCUAUGUACUGCCACUUGUGAGGUGUUUCAUUCAGCUACUGCCCACAGUCUGUUAUGGAUGCAAUUAUUAAUAAUCAUUAUCAAUAAAAUACUAUUAAUAGAGUAAUCUAAUGAUUUUGUUGACCGUAAAAUGAAAGUUAAUUGUUGUAUUUUAAACUUAUAACCUUGUUGCUCUUUCAGUGUUCCUCUUUUGAGGAAGGUCUAGUGUCCGGGCCUCUCUGCUCUGAUCUCUGUCAGCAUUUCAGUAUUCAUGUUGGAAAAUGCCUCUCAAUGAUUCCCGAAAAAAUGGUUUACGAAGGAGAUUGGAAAGGGCUGCAAGUUAUUCUUAAAAUGAACAUGGAUUGGUUCAACACAUGGAAGGAAAUCCAGAAAUUAACUGAUGGUGAUGUUUUGAGGUCAUAUCACCAUGAGGUUUCUUACCAGGUGGAAACUUUGUUUGGUGACUGUCAAGCAUGUGGCAACCUGACAUCUUACUUAAUGCUUCUGAGUGAUAGCAACAAGGAUAAAAUAAUAACAGCCACAGAGGCAAGGACAUUUAUCUCAUUACUGCAUCAAAUAGAACCCACAAUGUUGAUGGUCUUAAAUGAAAGCAAGAACACUGUAGAUUUCUAUGGAUUUUGUGGUGGUUUGUACCUGCUGGAAAAGGUACCUAUUAUUGCUUCACAAGUAUUUGGGGAGAAAUGGGCUUUCCAAGAUUUUUCUCCAUUACCUGAUAUUUUUGAACCACUGGAGGAGACUUUUAGAAGUUAUCUGGCUCCAAAGAUAGUUAAUGUUGCCUUCUCUAUUCCAUAUGUUGGUACAUUUUUAGGUGAUGCAUUGACUCUUACAAAGUACAUUGUAUUUCAUUCCUUUUUUCAGACAUAUGCCCCAAGUGAAAAUGAGAAGUUUGAGUUUAUUCAUUCAUUAUUAGAUGCUGUCUUAAAUGUAUCAAGUAAUCCUUAUGGAAUGCUACAGUCUUGCGAUCUGCAUUUGGGAAAUUUUGGCGUCACGAAUGACUCCAUAGUGAAAGUGCUUGAUUUAGAUAUGACUUACCCUGUUAAUCUUUUGACUAGUAUGUUUGAGCAGAAACAGUGUUCAUCUGAUGAUGAUUGUUGGAUAGGAACUAAAGAGGAUUGUCAGUCGUCAUGCCUCACUGAUGUUGGCACUUGUGCACCAGUUCCAGUGAGGCAAGAUUUAGUUAAUAUCUGUGAAAUCCAAAUUCCAUUUAUUUUCAGAAGUUCUACAAUCCUUAUGUUGCAAAAGGAGAACAGCUUUUGUUUGAGUGAAGCUAUCCGAAAGCUUGUGGUAUUCUGCAAAGAAUUGCCUUUUAUUGAAUCACCAGAGCAGUUAAGGGACAGUAUUAUCUCGGUAAAAGAGAGAUUAAGACAUAUUGAAAGCACGUCACAGUUAGAGUUUACAUUGUGAGAUAACUAUUAAUAUUUAUUCAGCAGUCAAUUAGGCCAUCCCCAUUCGUUUAGUGUCGAAUGCGUUUUCUGAUAUUGGGUUGGUCAGUCGGAUUGCAAAAAAAAAGCUGAAAAAAAAGUCAAAAGAGGUCUCGGAAUAGGAGGCCCUAGUAACCCAGGAU